CUGAGAAUCUUUGAAUCGUUUUUCUCGAUUCUUCCACCAGCCAGCAUCCCUCAGCUACCUACCUGCUUAGGACCUAUUCUAUCCUAUCCUUUCCUAUCCUAUCACAUUAUAUCAUAUCUCCAUACCCAUCAUACCUACCUACCUAGUCCCUUAUUGUAACCCGACCUUUUACUAAUAAUUAAUUAUUUCCAAGCAAGGCUGUGUACUUUUGUGCCUGAACAUACUUGUUUGUACCCAAGCCGCAACCAUCAACUGCGACUCGCCAUCUACUAAACUACAACCUACUUAUCAUACUUGUUACCGACAUAGGUAUUCGAUAUUCGAUAUCCGAUAUUCGAUACUCGAGGUAUUCGUACUCCAUACACUACACGACUCUCAGGACAAGGGUAGAGCGCACUACAGACAGAAAUUACUACGGAAAUUACCACGCCCUCCACCCAGAAAUUACAACGGACCUCAAAGCCUACUCCUCCUCCGACUGCAUACAUAUAAAGCCUACCUAAGUAUCCCGACAGGAUCCAUAACUACCAUUUUUCAGGUCUGCCGGUGGAUUAGUUUCGAAAUCACCUAGCACGCACCACACUGCCAAGUUGGAACCGCCCACUAUCGAUUCGGACAUCACAUAAGCUUUUUUUGGUGGCAGAGAAAUCGAGAUAGAAACAAUUCCAAUUUCUUAAUAAUUCGAGAUUCCCGACUUCUGUUCCAACUUCAUUUCCACGUCACCGAAAAGUUUCAAUUAAUGAUUCAAUAUUUUGUGUGUCAAGGCAACUCAACAACAGUACAAAAGAGUCAUCAACAAUUCGAUUGACUACUCUGAUUUAUAAGUACCUUAUUUAAACGGACUUUCCACUUUCAACCUUUUUCCCGCAGACGUCCCACAAGUCAAAACUUACAAGCCCACACCCACACACCCACACGCCCACACAAAAACACGAAAACACAAAUUUCCAACAAAGCACGGGCAUUGCCCGCUACCUCCGCCUUUGGCGGACAUCUCUUUACUGAUUGCAAUCGAUACGAAGCGCAUCUCAAAUUCUUCAAGGAAGAGAAAUAUCAUGGCUUCAGUCGCCGUACCAAGAGAUCUCGUCGUAGAGAAGGCUCAGCCCUCACCCACGCCCUCUUUACCCUCUUCUUCACAUGGAUCACCUCAAUCUCGCCCUACAACUUCAAAUAUGAGCGCCAUCACAAGUACCGAAAAUCUAAGUAUGAAUGGAACUCUCACGCCACCUCCCCCGGCCGUUCUCAAGGCAGCACCUAUGCCCACCACUGCUGAGAAGCCCUCGAUGACGAAACGUUUGACAAGAAUGUUCUCUACGAAGGAUCCGACGAGGUCGGAAAGUAGCGUUUCAUCUAGUGCAGCAUCUGCCUCGUCGACCCCAAAGCCUGCAGAUGGUGCCACAUCCCCAUCAUCGUCGAGGCCUGGCUCUCUGUCUCGAAAAACUUCCUCGCAAGAAAAGAAGAACCCCUCCGAUAAACCUAGUCCAGCAUCUACUACGAGAGAUAAAAACGGUUCGACAAAGGACAAAAAGGCACCGGCAAACCAUCAACGAUUCCUUGCUAUGCCUGAUGUGCAAGGCGGUCAUGAGCAUCAUCUGAAGAGUGCCAAGAGACAAGAGAAGCUUUCGGAAAUGAUACGAGGUUUGAUUAGCGGGAAGGCGAAACAAUCCGAGGCUCAUGAAGGCGAACAGCAACUCUCACUAAUGUCAAACUGGGUGGAUCAGCUAAAGCGUGAGAAAGAGUCAUUGGCCACAGAAAAGAAGGGUGGACCCAACGCGACGGCGAGUUUGGUGGAUAAAUAUGGAAAAUGUAAUGAAGUUAUUGGCCGUGGUGCUUUCGGAAUUGUCAGGAUAUCUCACAAAAGAUCUGAGCAGGGAACAGAGCAACUCUAUGCCGUGAAGGAAUUCCGGAGAAGACCCGAAGAAAAUGAAAGAAAAUACAGCAAAAGACUUACUUCCGAGUUCUGUAUAUCGUCCUCAUUACGACACCCUAACGUUAUUCAUACUCUCGACCUCCUCCAAGACUCGAAAGGGGAUUAUUGUGAGGUUAUGGAGUUCUGCGCAGGUGGCGAUCUUUAUACUCUAGUCCUUGCAGCUGGAAAGCUCGAAGUUGUUGAAGCGGAUUGCUACUUUAAACAGAUGAUGCGCGGAGUCGAAUAUAUGCAUGAGAUGGGAGUUGCCCAUCGAGAUUUAAAACCCGAGAAUCUUCUUUUGACUACACACGGCUCUUUGAAAAUAACAGAUUUUGGGAAUGGCGAAUGCUUUCGAAUGGCGUGGGAGAAGGACGCACACAUGGUAACUGGGCUUUGUGGUUCCGCUCCUUAUAUCGCUCCCGAAGAGUACAUUGACAAAGAAUUCGACGCAAGAGCUGUCGACGUUUGGGCAACAGGUGUGAUUUACAUGGCAAUGCGUACAGGUCGUCACCUGUGGAGAGUCGCGAAGAGAGAUGAAGAUGAGUUUUAUGAGAGGUAUUUAGAAGGACGAAGAGAUGAGGAGGGAUAUGCUCCCAUCGAGUCAUUACAUCGGGUAUGCCUUUUAUUUGCAAAUUUUGAGCUACAUGAACUAACAUCAAGAAAGGCACGCUGUCGUAAUGUUAUCUAUUCGAUACUUGAUCCUAAUCCUCAUCGUCGUAUCACGGCUUCACAAGUUCUCAAGUCCGAAUGGGGCCGUGAAAUAAAACUUUGCCAAGCUGGUGAGGAGGGACUCUGACAUUAUAUGCUGGAUAGUGGAAUUACAUGUAGAAAGAGCAUGUUCAAGAGUAUGAUGGAAGAAGCAAAUCUCCAAGGAGGUAUGAAACCAUGUAGGACUGAACAUAAAUUCCGCUCAACCAGCAACUUCGAAUGUCAUGAGUGUGGUUUCAUUUGUUAUUACGACCCAACUGGAAUGGGAGUAUAUAAGGAACUUGAAGACGACACUGGUGUCUCUUCAACAAGCAUCGCGCAAUGAGGGGUGGCAUAUUUCACAUGAGCAUUGCAUUACAGCAACAGUUUGGCGUUUCGGGGAUUUUUACAAGCAGCAUAGCAUAGCCUGAUUUCGUUUCUUCCAACCCUGGCUUCUUUACCUCUGAGGCUACAAUUUUUAAAUUUUACUCAAUUUUAGCCAUGGUCUUUUUGCUUUUCUAGGGCGGAUUUGGUGGGGCAGCGAUACAGAAGGGGGUCUUUUCUUCUUUUACGAGUACCCAUGAUACACUAGGACUAUGGCAUGAUACAGUCGUUUUUCUUCUUCUUUUUUGGACAAUUACAAUUUUUAUUCUCUUCUUUCGAGAUUACUUGCCUAAAGUAUUUUCCUUUGGGCUCGCUCUCUCAGAGUCAUACUUUUGGUGGAUGGAUGAGCUGAAAUUAGCUUGCUCUUCAUGGUUGUAGCUUUUCGUUACAUGUGUGGGAAUCUUUUUGGUAGAGGGUGGGAUGACUGCACAGCUUGCUUGCUUGCUGGUUAGUUGGUUGGUUGGGUGGGUGGGUGGAGGGAGUUUUGUUUAUUUGAGCGCAAGAGAAAGAGGAAGAGCGAAAGGAAGUUUACAUUAUAUGAUGAACUGGUAUGGAUGGAUGGGUGGAUGGAUGGGUGGAUGGAUGGAUAGGUGAAAAGGAAAAUGGAAUGUUAUUGGUUGUGUGUGUGCAUCCUCUGUUACUGCUUUACUGCGAUGCUGCGAUGCUGUAAUACUGUAGAUAAAUGAUGAGUGAAUGGGAUUUGGCUUGAUCAGAAGCUGAGGAUGGAGAUUGGGAUUGAGAUUGGUAAAUCCAUGCAUGUGUGGGGAAUGAAUAGGUAGAACUCAACCCCACACUCAUAAGUAUAGGAAGGAAGGAAGGAAUUGUACGGAGUAAAGGAGUCAGAUAGGUAGAGAAAAGCAUGCGAAUAAAGAUUAAACAGA